GGAAAGGGCAGGGAGAGAAGAGAGGGAGAGAGAAGAAGAAACCGUCAGUGAAAGCAGAACAUGGCACAUCCUCAGAAGCCAGCCAAGACCCCAGGAGUGGCACCAGCAAGGACCAGAGCAGUGUCUGAAGCAAACACAGCACUGCCAGUCCCUGCAGCACCCAGGUCUGCCCUGUGCCAGGCAUUUGGCUUGUGAGCUUCCUCUCACAGCAGCCAUGCCCUCACCCAGCCCCAUCCUUGUUCCCCACCUCCUCAGCAUCCCCACUGCUCCUUCCAGCAUAGGGCAAAAGGGGAAUUAAGGAGUUUCUAGAAAAACACUUAUCUGUCAAUCCAAAGAAAAGGAAGAGAAACUUGGGCUCUGAAGUGCCAUUACUAAACAGAGCAAAGCCUCCUACCAAAGGAUUCCCCUGAAAUCCUGGCUUGGUCUACUUGAAACUGGGUAUGGCUAGAGCAGCAGCUCACCUCUUGCUCAGAGGCUCUGUGCUUGCCGCACACAGUGUGAGAAGCCCAGCCCCAGGAUGGUUACGUGCAGGGAUAUGUAUUUUAAUAGCAGCCUAUAAAAUAGUUCUUAGGUUUGAGAUCGGACAAGUUCCCUGCAGCUCUCUGCACUGUCUAGACAAAACAAGGCAGCAGUAAAAACCAAGGCAGUAGGUAAUGAUCUCAAAAAUUCGCGUACACCUUGUUUCAGACAGAGGUAAAUCCAUCUGGAUAAUAUGCUGGCACUAAACUGCCAGGAAAACAAUUGCUUGUCCCCGGAGGGGGAAGCAGGGGAGGAGGAACGCUUUUGUCUAUGAAGAGCUCCCAUCAGGAGACUUUCAAUGGUGAGACUGGGCCUUACAGACAGGCACGCCUUGCUCCAGCUGCCUCCGCACCCACUGCGGAGGGCUGGGGCUCAUAGGACCCGCAGUUUGCAGCACUGAAAUGGUCCUGUGAAAAACACCCACUCUCAGGUCAGCACAGCAGCCUCUCAGGGACACGAAAGCCCUUGCAUCAGCCUGACCUCAGCCCAGGUAAGUGUCCUAGAUAAGGGAGAGCACUUCACAGAUUUCCUUUUCAGGGUGUGCCUAGUUGAGCACUGUGCCCAAAUGCUUUGUUAAAGCAAGGCUACUGCAAACAGUGUUCCACAUUCUGAUAGCAACAGCACUUUGGGCCAGUUUUAUCCAGAAGACACCCAGCUGCCAAAGCCUGCAGACCAGAAGAUCCAGUUUGAAUGAAGAUAAAUGCCACUUUACAGCUUUGGAUAGCCCUAAAUCUAACAAGAAAGGACAAGAGAAGGCAGGAGUACAUCUAGUGAAGGGAGUGGGGGAACAAUGCUGACAGGAUGGCACUGAGACUUGGCAGAACCCCCACUAGAACCUCUGAAAUUCACCUGCAGCUGGAGCCUGACGCAACCUCAGUGCACCCUGAGCAUCAGUAAAUGCCAUCCUCAUGAGCUCUGCCUAUGGAGGCCCAGAGCUGAGCACUGUAAACACCUCAGAGGAAUUCACUGGUGAAAAUCCCCUUCUUUAUACUCUGCCCAGUGCAGGCUGUGACCACGCAGCCCACAAGAAGACAGCUCAGUGAUUCCACAGCCAUCAGACAAUUAUGAAGAGAUCUGAACCUCGCAGCAGGGAUGAAGAGCAAGACAACUUAAACCACAGGUGCUAGCAUCAAGAGAUGCAAGUUCUGCUGCCAGUUCCACGAGUGCUUUCCUCCACAAUCUUUACCCACCCAUGCCACCAGCCUUCCUGCCCCCAAACAGCAGAGAAGGAAGCAUCCUGCCUUCUUUAUAGGGAUGCUAGAACCUACAGCUGCACAACAUACUGAGAUUUUUUGGUGCUUUGCUAUGCAAAGGAGCCCAGGAGAGCCAGACCCAACACCAAAUCAGCCAUGUAAGAUACAAACAUCUGACACAAGUCAGCCCCAAGUUACUAAUCGAGUGACUGUUGUCAUAUGAAUAUCAUAGAAUCCACCGGCAAACACCCCUUUAUUUCACCCAGGGGGUUUCUGCACCCCCUAGCAUGGGCUUCCUGGACAGCAAAGGGGGGUGCUCAGCUCAGCCACCUCCCUCUGCUUGCUUUCAGGCCAGGGAAUGAGGCCAUGCUGGCUGCAGCCUGUCUGUGCCAUGCUCCACUGCUGCCACCGGCUUCCUUUUUCAUUCCUCAAAGUAUCUUAAAAAUUCCCCCAAAACCGCAUUCUGUACUCUCCAGAAGUGGUAUUUUCCCCAGAUAACUAAGCAGGGGGCACACUGCUGAACCUUUAGAUAUGGGCACCAGGGCUGCUGCUGGAUUUUCCCUGUGCUGCGCUUCCCACACAGCCAGGCCUUGCCUGCAUGGCCAAGCCUUCCCGCCAAGACACCACACCACAGCCAUGCCCGUGUGCCUGCCCACCUCCUCACACACUGCUGCUGCUCCCAGGCGCACCCCUCCACCGGCUCUCAGCUCUCCUUAUCUACCAGGACAGGCUGGGCGACAGCCAAACCGCGGGGCCGCACGCACAGCACGCACUCCGCCGCUGCUCUCCACCCGACCCAAGCGACACGCGGACACAGGUGUCAUUACACAAGCAGAACAAGGAGUGAGGAGGAGGCCUGUUGUUAGGAGUGCAAAGAGCUGAGCCCAGCCCUGGCUCUGCCUCUCCAGAGCGGCUCCGAGGAGGCCCCGGCCCUGCUGGGAGCAAUGCGCUGAGGGGCAUGCCCCGCUCGGUAACUGAGGGAGAAGGAAAACACACCAAAAUACCCCCCAAAAAAUCCACCCAGAGGGUCUUAACUAACACUUGGUUACCCAAUACAGAGCACAGGGCCAAAUCCUGUAACAAAUAAAAGGCCCCAACGGUUGUCGUGCACCGAACGUCUCCUUGGAGAAUUGGACACAGUGCUGGGAUAUCGGAGGGAAGUCGCCCAGUCUGAGAGCGCACAAAUUAUUCCCAUUAAGGUCUGCGCGUACCACAUGGCAAGGCAGCGAUGGGGAAUAGAGCACAGCACGCAACUUGAAAGAAAAAAUGUUCCAGUGCUGUGCUGUAUGGGAAAAAUAAUUAAAAAGCAUCAAAGUUUUGGCUCAGAGAACACAGUUUCCACUCAAGCAUGUGACUGGUGCGUCUUCCCUUGCUUUGGGAAAAAAAAAAGAAACGCUGAAGAAAAAAUUUCUGCAAUGCAUAUUUUCUGUGGCGAUAAAGCCCAGCAGAUCUGCCCAGCCCGGAAUCAGCAGAACAGCCCCAUUCCUGGGGGAAGGCAGCGUUCGCGUGUGAUCCUAAUCUACAACAUCUGCAGGGACCAAGGGAAAGAUGCCUCGAGAUAUCGCCUCUGUUCUGCGAGAAAACCCUUUUGCUCUGGCCAAGUCCCGUACAGAGCCCACGUCAACGACCUUAGGGACCGGGCUGCACUGUGGCACACACAAGAGGACGGGCACCAGCAGAGCACAUGAGGGAAAAGGAGAGAAACGCAGAGCUAUCGGCCCCCAGGCCAGCCCGAGCUCUGGGCACGGCCGGAGAGCCCCCAGCUCCGGGAGCGAGUGCCGAGCGCGGGGCACGUGCUGGAGGAGGGAGCGGAGGGCCCGCAUUCGGCGGCUGUCACGGCGGAGGGCCGGAUCUCGCUCCCGGACACGGAGCUGUCCGCGCUCGGCGCGGCGCGGCCCGCAGAGGGCACCCGCGGGAUGCGUUCGGAGGCGGCCGGGAACCGCGGCGUCAUUUCUGCGAUCCUAUGGCUUCUCGAUGGGAGGCAGCAAGGCGCUCCCGCCGCCAGCUCGUUCGCACAGACCCACCCGAGAAAGAAUAAUUCUGGGAGAAAGGGGGGAGCGCAACUCUGAAAAAGCCAAAGAGUGGGGAGAGGCGGGCUGAUGUAAACAAGUUAUGAAAUAACCUCGGUUUGUAUAACUGCCCCGGUUGUGUAACGCCUUCCACCGAAGUGGUAGAUUGGGGCUAUAUGGGCAAAGAACCUAUUUUUGAACGUUUUCUUAAGAAAAUGGGAAGACGGGCGCGUCCUUUGGGCCAGGCUUCAAGGAAGCCGCUCCCGUCGCCGCCGUCCCGCUCACCGCCCGAGCCCCGCAGCCGCCGACCGGAGCGGCCCCGACGGAAACGCAUGCAGCCCCGCACCGCCCGGAGCCGGAGUCUGGGGCCGGGGCAGCAGAGCGGGGAGAGAGAGCGCUCGGGAGCCGCGGGGAUAAGAGUCGGUCCACGCGCGUGCUCCGUAGGGAGACGGCCCGGAGCGCUGCGGGACCGCUCGGAGAGCCGCCCGGCAGAGGGAAGGGGAAAGGUCCGGACCGCCGCGCUGCCGAGGGGCGCUGCCCCGCCGGGAGCUCCGAGCGCGGUCCCACCCCGCGCUCACGCGGGUCCCCACCGCGGGGAUGCGAUCGCGCGGCUCCGGCUGCGCUCACGCCCGCGGAGUCGCGUCCACCGCGCCCACCCCGCCCGGACGAGACGGGGCAGAGGCGG